AUGUGGCCCUUCAUCUUCAGCUGCUUAAUCGCAUGCAUAGGAAAGCUUGUGAGCACUUCCUGUCCAUUAGACAUAACCCCUCCUAGAGUUGUGGUGAGAUUUGGAGACUCCUUAUCAGCAAACUGCACCUCAUCAUCUGACCAGAUUGAAGGAAUGGGAUGGGAGUCUCUAUAUGGAGGAGUGGACCUUACCGAGGGUGUUUCUUCUCUUCUGUUUAAAAUUGACUCUGUGCCAGCGUGGGAGAUAGUGCCAAUGUGUUAUAUGAAUUCCCGUGAUGGUGCAAGAAGUCUUUCAGUAGUUUGGCACAAAGGAAAUAAGAUCUUGUCUUCUCAGACAUUUGAUGAGUCCAGUCCAUCUCCAGUCAGUAAGUCAUCUGUCCUCACUCUGACUGCUCAUAGAGAUGAUGAUGGAGCUGAGAUCUGGUGUGAAGCAAAGCUGAACCUGUGGACAGAGGAACAAGGUCCUCCUCCAGUGCGUUCUGAAGCUCAUAAUGUGAAUGUGCUCUACCCACCAACCUUCACCAAUGAUCCAAAUGAGAAUUUGGAAAUGACAGUUAGGAGCAAAAUAUCUUUAAAUUGUACAGCUAGAGGAAACCCUAUGCCAUCCUACCAUUGGCAAUUCCCAAACUUCACACAAGUGUGGUACAGGAGUCAUGAUGUGAAUCAUCCUAUUUUGACUCCAUUAUCUAAGUUUCCAGGGGUCUAUAUCUGCACCGCCUCAAACAGUCAGGGCAUCGUGACCAAAUACUUCAUCGUCACUGAAGCUCCACGUUUCACUACCAUGAGGUUAACUGCACGGCCCCCAGGAGGCCCUGAGACAGCUGAAUCAGUCAAACAGCAAAGUUUCUAG